AUGAGUGGAUCAACUUGUGAGUCUGGAAGCGGCGCCCAGGCGACGAAGGCACCAGCGAAGGCAUCAUCGAAUCCGAAGAAUGAUGAUGCCAACGAGGACCGCAACGUGCUCACGACGAUCGACAGAGCUGGCGGAUCGGAAACGAUUCCUGUGGAGGAUGCCUACCAGAAGAAAUCCCACCUGGAGCACAUCCUCCUGCGUCCCGACAGCUACAUCGGCUCAAUCGAGCACAAUGAGAAGAAGCCGAUGUGGGUCUACAACAUGAAGGACAGCAAGCUGGAACAGAGAGAUCCUAAGAUGAACACAAUCAAGAUCACCAUCAAUACGGAGAAAAAUGAGAUCUCUGUCUACAACAACGGCAAAGGAAUCCCAGUCACCCAGCACAAAGUGGAGAAAGUCUACGUGCCAGAGCUGAUUUUUGGAGCUCUUCUAACAUCUUACAACUACAAUGACGACGAGAAGAAGCUGACAGGAGGAAGAAACGGAUAUGGAGCAAAGCUUUGCAACCUUUUCUCCACAAAGGUCACUCUGGAGACGUCUUCAGUGGAUUACAAAAGUGCAUUCAAGCAAACGUGGAUCAACAACAUGACGCGUGAUGAGGAGCCGACGAUUGUUCCGAGCACCGACGAAGACUUCACGAAGAUCACAUUCUCGCCGGAUCUGGCAAAGUUCAAGACGAAGGAGCUGGACGAUGACAUCUGCCAUUUGAUGGCUCGGCGUGCAUAUGAUGUUGCUGGAUCCUGUAAAGGAGUUGCCGUGUCCCUCAAUGGCAAACGAAUCCCAAUCAAAUGAUUCAAGGACUACGUCCAAAUGUACACUACGCAGUUCAACAAAGAAGGAGGACCUCGCAAGAUCGCAUAUGAGCAAGUCGGAGGUCGUUGGCAGGUCGCCUUGGCUCUUUCGGAAAAAGGCUUUCAACAAGUGUCAUUCGUCAACAGUGUUGCUACCACAAAAGGAGGCCGCCACGUGGACUAUGUCGCGGAUCAGAUGGCUUCACUGCUCAUGGCCUCAAUCGAGAAGAAGCUUGGGGUCGGUGGAAAUCAGGCGAUCGCAGAUAAGAGAUCACAUGUGGGUCUUCGUGAAUUGCUUGAUCGAGAACCCAACUUUCGACUCGCAGGCGAAAGAGGAAAUGACACUGGAAGAGGAGUUUUUCGGAUCGAGCCCCGAGCUCUCCGAAAACUUCGUCAGGACGGCAGUCAGGCUCGGCAUUGUCAGUGACAUUGCCGAAGCACUGGAAUGGCAGAUUCAGCGAGAGCUUCGCGAUGAGAACGUGGCGGAAUCCACCCUCAUGGACAUUCCAAAGCUUGAAGAUGCCAACGAAGCUGGAACCAAAACUUCCCAACAGUGCACAUUGAUUCUGACGAAAGGAAAAUGGAGGGCCUCACAAGAUCGCAUAUGAGCAAGUCGGAGAUCGUUGGCAAGUCGCCUUGGCUCUUUCGGAAAAAGGCUUUCAACAAGUCUCAUUUGUCAACAGUUUGGCUACCACAAAUGGAGGACGCCACGUGGACUACGUCGCGGAUCAGCUGACAAUGGCAUUGAUCGGCCCCAUCAGGAAGAAGCUUGGGUCAAUGCACAUACUUCGAUCCCAGGUCGAGGAGCACGUAUGCAUUUUUCUCAAUUGCAAAAUUGAAAACCCUGCAUUCGAAUCUCAGGCGAAGGAGAGAAUGACCUUGGAUCCGGAGCAAUUCGGAUCGACAUUCCAGCUCAGCGAGAAAUUCCUCCGUAAUGCAACAAGACUUGGAAUUGUUGCUGACAUUGCGUCCAAAGUGGAGUGUGCUCUUCAAAAAGAGCUUCGAAGUGAGCCAUCAAUGAGAUGCACUCUGAAGGGCAUUCCAAAGCUGGAGGACGCAAACGACGCUGGAACCAGCAACUCGCAGCAAUGCACGCUGAUCUUGACGGAGGGGGAUUCUGCGAAGGCUCUAGUUCUUUCCGGACUCUCCGUCGUCGGACGUAUCAAGUUCGGAGUCUUUCCGUAACGAAGUCCGAUAACAAGUUCAGAGCCUUCCCUUAUACCGCAAGACCCCGUGAACUCAGGCUCGGACUCCGAUCAGCCGAAGAGGAAGAGGGGACGUGACGACUCGGGCUCGGAUUAA